GUAUAUUCUUGGAUUAAUCUGAUGAAAUCCUUUGCAACAAAUGAGAAGUUCGAAGUAUAAAAUUCGAAUAAAAAAAUUGCAAAAGAUAAAAGUGAUUAUAUUUAAACAAUAGAUGUAAUAUUGAAUGAACUAAAAAACAUUUAAGUCACGUGACUUAGUAUCUAAUAUAUAAAUUGUGUUUACGCUUUCUUCGUAAUCAGUAUUUAGUGAAUACAGAUUCACGAAAAUGAAGGCUGCUUUUAUUAUUACACUACUACUACCUAUUGUAUUAAGUUACAAAGGUAACCCAAAUCCUCUUUCAAAUGACUUUAUAAACUACAUCAAUAGCAAACAAAGUACAUGGGUUGCUGGAAAAAACUUUGAUGAGAACCUUUCAAUCCAAGAGAUCAAAAAUUUGUUAGGAGCAAAGAAAGGUAAAUUAGGCGUGGCUAAAGAAUUUACACACAGUGAAGAUAUUCAAGUUCCCAAUUCUUUCGAUGCAAGAGAAAACUGGAAAGAAUGUUCAGAUGUUAUCAGCACCGUUGUAGAUCAAUCCGAUUGUGGAUCUUGCUGGGCCGUCGCUGCAGCUUCUGCAAUGAGUGACAGACGAUGCAUAGCAUCCCAGGGAAAGCUUAAAGUACCUGUUUCGGCUGAAAAUCUAUUGUCUUGCUGCGAUUCCUGUGGAUAUGGAUGCGAAGGAGGAUAUCCAACCAUGGCAUGGAGUUAUUGGAUAGAUACAGGAAUUACUACAGGAGGCCUUUAUGGCAGCAAACAGGGUUGUCAACCUUAUUCGCUUCAACCAUGUGAACAUCAUACAGAGGGUAAUAAAGUACAAUGCAGCACUUUGGACUAUGACACACCUUCUUGUAAACAUAAAUGUGACGAUUCCGCACUCAAUUAUAAGUCCGAGUUAACUUUUGGUUCAGGUUCUGUGCGUAACUUCUAUUCAGUUGCAAAUAUUCAAAAGGAAAUAUUGACGAAUGGUCCGGUAGAAGCAGCUUUUGAUGUGUACAGCGACUUCGUGAAUUAUAAAAGUGGUGUCUAUCAACAUGUUGCUGGAGAAUAUUUAGGAGGACAUGCCGUCAGAAUUUUAGGUUGGGGAGAAGAGAGUGGAGUCCCUUAUUGGUUGGUUGCUAAUUCAUGGAAUGAAGAUUGGGGAGACAAGGGAUUGUUUAAAAUACGUCGCGGAAAUAAUGAAUCAGGCUUCGAGGACUCUAUUGUUGCUGCACCUGCUCAAGUCUAAUUUUAAACGAAAUAUUAGUGUUACGUUUAAUAUGUUUUAUUUUAAAUAAAAAAAUUAUUUCUAAA